UCUCUUCUGUGGUCAUGGUAUUUUGUCUUUAUGUCAUUCUAUGCAAAGUCAUUUACGUCUGAAAUUUAGGAAAAAGAAAAUAUCUCUCGUCUCGAAAUCUUCGUCAAACAAAUAAAAUCAUCAUGUCUGAUUGGGAUACUGUAACCGUUCUAAAAAAGAGAGCCCCCAAGGCCUCAACAAUGAAGAGUGAACAGGCUGUGAACGCCGCACGUCGUCAAGGUGUCCAAGUCGAUACACAGUUGAAAUGGGGAGCUGGUAGCAAUAAACAACAUGUAGCCACAAAAAACACAGCAAAACUAGAUCGUGAGACCGAAGAACUGAAGCAUGAAACAGUCUCCUUGGAUCUGGGAAAACUUAUCCAACAAGGUCGUCAGGCCAAAAAUAUGAGUCAGAAGGAACUGGCCACUAAAAUCAAUGAAAAACCACAAAUUAUUACUGAUUAUGAAGCUGGAAGAGGCAUUCCAAAUAAUAUUAUCAUUGGAAAAAUUGAACGAGUACUCGGAAUUAAAUUGAGAGGAAAAGACAGAGGAAAGGCACUACAACUUGGUGACAAAAAAUAAAGGUCCUUCAGAUGUGGAAAGUGGAGGAAUUGUUGUAUUUAAAUCUUGAUACGAUUGUUAGAUUUCAAUUUGCAUUUAAUUUAAAGUUUCUCUGAGUUU